GUUUUGUGUUUUUGAACUUGUGAAUUUUGAUAUACGGUUGUGUUAACAGAUCUACGGUUGAUCUAUCUAAUUUCCACUUUGCAUCACAUGAUACAAUCCUUGUAAUACAAUUGGUCAAUUCAUUCAAACUGUUGGAAGAGUCAUUUGAUAUAGGUGUGGCUACACCUUGAAGCACGACUGUAUGCGUGGCAUAUUUCAACAACUUCAUAUCAAAGAUACUCCAAUCAUUCAGCAACCAUCAUUUUAAUAACUCACACGAAAUACAUAAUGUGUGAUCGAAAUGAACCACCGCGAUCGCGUUUUGUCAUGGAAAAAGUCCCACCAACGAAACAAACAUAUUCAGAACCGAACAUUCCGAGCAACGAACCUCAUGCUAUCAGAGGGCAGUCAAACACUAAACCUGUUAGAGAAGUCCGUAAAACUAAAAAUGGAGGCAAUCAGUAGAAGGGAAAUAUCACCAAAUUCCGAUCUAAGCAGAACAAUGAGAAAAGUAAACAAUUAUCAGCAUGGAUUCACUGGAAACGCCGAUGUAGUACAUUUAGACGGAGAUUACUCUAUUACAGAAUCGUUGUACCCAUUUUAACAUAACAAUGACAAAUCAAUAACCCAGAACGAUUAUUUACUAUAUGACAGAAGACAAAUAACUGCCAAGAAACAAAUAUAAUCUCAUCUACGUAUACAUUCAUCACCAAUGUAUUAUUAUCCCAAUUUAAGAAGCAUUGUGAUUGCUGACAAUGUUUACUAAAUUAGUUGUGCCAAUUUGACACACGGAGACCCAUUGCUCUGUCCCAUAGUAUGUUAUAUCUAUCUUUUUAUUUUAAUUGAAAUAGUAUAAUCAGUAUUACGCACUUUAAGCCUUUUCACCUUAGAAGCUAAUCGUAAUUAUGUCUCCCAGAAUAGUACCACUAUUUGCACCAACAGUUAGAUUGGCCCCGUCAGCAUUGCCAGUAAUGGAUGGCUGACAGUUACAUAUGAAUGAAUUUGUGCGAUUUGUAUUACAGAGGCCUUCAAGGCUUUUCCUCCCAGAAGCAUAAUCUUAGGUUGAAUUUAUACUUUUGGUUUCCCACUUUCGUAUACAAAUUGUAUUGUUUUCUAUUCUAGUCUAUUUCAAUCUAAUAUUCCAAUUCUUAGGAGUUGUUGUAUCACAUUAGUUAAUGUAACUUUUCAUGAUGUUAGUAAUAAUAAAUAUUUAGUUGAAAAAA